UUUCCUUAGCUUUCUUACACAUCCGUCGUGGUGGCUCUCUCAUCUUCUUCUUCAGCUCCAAGCCCAAACCCUUGAAAGCUUCGAUCUUGAAGCCUCUAAUGGCUUCACGUCACUAUCCUCAUCAACCCCACCUCCACCUCCACCGAACCCAUCUUCCCUCCGCCUGUUGCUGCGGCUGCGACGGCGGCGAUUUCACCACUCCCUGCUUCCAAACCCACCACCCCUCUUCUCCUCCGCCGUCUCCCUCCGACCCCCUUCUCCAAGCUCUUGCUUCUCAAAUCCUUCAAUCGGCUCAACUCCAGCACUCUUCUCAGUACCCAACGCUUCGUGCCAAGAAAUUUCAAUCACACUACCAAUUUCAACCCCUCAGUUCCCAAAAUCCGAAGCGCGUUCGUGGGCAAGAGCUCCCCCAAGUCAUCCACCACUCUACUAUCUCCUCUCUUGUCUCUCGCAUCGAAGCCCUCGAAUCCUCUCUCCAUCGAGUUUCUGGUUCUCAUGUUCCUCCCCAAUCGCUCCGACAAGUUGCUGCCAGUACAAUCCAAACCUAUUUUCGAGCGUUCCUUGUUCGCCGAUCGAGAGCACUAAGAGAGCUUAAAGAUCUCGCCAUCAUCAAAUCUAGAUUUGAAUCUCUUCAAUCGUCGCUCUGCAAUGAAUUCUACUUCGAUCGAAACGCCAUUUCUCUCGAAAUAAUGGAUUUGCUUCUCCAUCUCGAUUCCAUUCAGGGUAAUGAUCCAAUGGUCAAAGGUAGCAAGAAAUCCCUUAGCAGAGAUUUGGUUCAGUUCUUGGAUCGGAUUGAUAACUUAUCUGUGAAGAGGAACGGCGGGCUUCCACUCAAGACAAUGAAAAAUACAAGGUUAGACCAAAGUGUUACUAAAUCUAGAGUUUCUAACCCUAAGCUUAAAAACUCUGAGAAUCAGAAAGAGACUAUCGAGAAAUUAAAGAGCAGAAUAGAAAAGAUUUGUGAGCGUUCGAAAUUUUUUGAGAAUGAUGGGAGAGAUUUAGAUCUUAAAAGGUUUCACCAUGUUCAUGAUGAUGAUGAGAAGGAGGAGGAUGAAUCCCCUAGAAUCCAUGUCAAGAACAGCGAUCAAAAUCUUGGAAAAGGCCAUGAAAUUCAACCUAGAGUGAAGAAAAGUGUUAGAUUUGCUGAGAAUGGAAGCUUAUUUAGGGUUUUAGAUGAAGAUUCUGGUGUUUUGGAUGAAGGGGAUGAAAGGGAUGAAAGGAGGGGGGAUUCAGGUGAUGAGGUUGUGGAGGAUAUUUUCAACGAAGCUGAUGGAGAUGGUGGAUCUUCAGAGAUGAGUGAUGGAGAAAGAAACCCAGGAAGAAAGAUGAGCAGUGGCAAUGGAGGUUCUUCAUUCUCUGCUCCAUUGCCUAUGAAGAUGGAGAACAAAGCUGAUUUGAUCAUGAAGAACAGAGACGUACUCAUUGUAGAUGUCAACGACAACAGACUCGACCCACACGUAGGACAAAGAACUUCUUGAUAGUUGAUGAUCAAAUUAUAGUUUCUUAUAUGUACUCUCGAAGAGUACAAAUGGACAAUGCAUCAAGUUUUGGUCGUCAAGAAGAGAACAAUACAGCAGAUCAAUUUUCUACCGCACGUUUUGUCUUCCUCUAAAUAUUUCUUGAUAAAAAUUCUGUGAGGUUAUCAAAUGCAGAAUGUUCUAGAACGUUCACCACAUUUCUUCACCUCCACAUCCUGAAUACGCGCUCUAUUCAAAUGUGGUAUUGAUUAAUUUAUGUACCUCUCAUUUGCUCGUGUAUCAUACAAUUGAAAGAUAAAAUACGAACAAUUUAUAUAUAAUGCAUGAUUGACUAGUGUA